AUGGUUAUUAUCCAUGUUGUUCAUGAUUUAAAAAGUGGUUGGAAAGAAGCAUGUGCAUCCAAAGAACCUGUCGAAAUUUAUUUUUCGGGAAAAUAUACACUGAGACAUGUAGAAUUAAAAGGUCCUUGCAAGGGUCCUGUAAAAAUUACUAUUGAUGGCCAAAUCAAAGCACCAGUCAACCAAAAGGAUCUUGGAGGCGACCAUUGGAUCAAGAUUAGCAAUGUUAAUGACUUGACCCUGUCUGGUACAGCAAUCUUUGAUGGUCAAGGUGCAUCUGCUUGGAAAGAAAAUGAAUGUUCAAAAAACUCUAAUUGCAAAAUUGGCAUGAAUUUUGGUUUCCAUUUCGUCAACAAUUCAAUAGUAAGUGGCAUUACUAGCAAGGACAGUAAACACUUUCAUGCUAAUGUCUUGGAUUGCAAAAAUUUCACGUUUGAUGGAUUUAAGGUAAGCGCUCCACAAAAUAGCCCCAACACUAACGGCAUCCAUAUUGAAAAAUCCACAAGUGUGAAUGUUCUUAAUGCAAACAUUGGAACCGAAGAUGAUUGUGUUUCACUAGGUGGUGGUAGUAAACAGGUUCUUGUCCAAAAUGUAACAUGUGGACCUGGUCAUGGUAUUAGUAUUGGAAGCCUUGGAAAGCACAAGAAAGAGGAACCUAUUGAUGGUAUUACAAUUAAGGGUUGCACUUUGAAAGAAACUGAUAAUGGAGUGAUGAUUAAGACUUCGCCUAGUGAGCCAGAAACAGUCACAAUUACUAAUUUGGUAUUUGAGGAUAUUACCAUGGAGAAUGUUAAGAAUCCUAUUAUUAUAGACCAAGAGUAUUGUCCAUCGAACCAAUGCUCCAAAAAGCAACCAUCAAAAGUAAAGAUAAGCAAAGUUACCAUCAAGAAUAUUAAGGGUACUUCAGCCACUAAAGAAGGAAUGAUUCUUGAUUGUAGUAGUGGUGUACCAUGUGAGGAUGUAGAGAUAUCUAAUGUUGAUCUCAAGUUCAAUGGAACUCCAACAAUAGCUGUAUGCAGUAAUGUCAAACCAAAAAUAACAGGAAAUGUCCCUAAGUGCACAACUACGAGUCAAAAAAAAUAA